AUAAUUACAAAGAAACGAAUAUAUGUUGACGGGUCAACUUUUAAAUUGCUAUUGUUUUAUAAAAUAAAUUUUGAUUAAGAUUUAGACACAAAUAUGAUUACACAAAUGGUGAAGGCAGAUCAAAGACCUAAUUUCUGAGUUGUUGUAUGAAGAUGUAUUAGUAGAAGCUUCAGAAACAGAAUGUUAGAUUAAAAAAUGGAGGAGAAAGAGCAACAUAAUUAUGAAUCAUUUUUCUCUCUCUCUUUUUUUUUUUUUUUAACAAUUUGAGAUGUUGAAAUAAUAAAAGUGUAGAGCAAGCUGGGAUGAAUGAAAGCAAACAAAUUGAAGUACUUAUCUACUGUUGGUAAUCCAGAUAUUUUAUGAAUGGAUGCAUGCAAAACCAAGAUUACACCUUUUUAUUAGCUUAAGAGUCCUACUGACAAAGAGAUACCAAAGUGUAUUUACGAAAAAAAAUAUUUUAAGACAUGCGCCUCCCAUAAUCCAUCCACCUAGAAAUCCACCAAAACACAUAAAUAUUAGUCGUGAAGAACAUGAUCAUAAAAGGUGGGAUCAAUAUUUACCAUAGUCGGGUCGGGUAGGGUCGGGCCGGGCCGGGCGAUAUAGUUGGUAGUGGGCUUCGAAGAGAGGCCCAACGGUAUACAUAUAUAUAUAUAUAUAUAAUUAGAGACAAUAUUUUUCUAAAUUUGGAUUCUGCGGCAGUAUAAAGAAAAAGCAAACCCUAAACUCCUCCUCCCCGGGCUUCCACCAUGUCCUUCCUCAGGCGCAUUGUCCAAAACCCGACCUUAUCGAAAGCAGUUCCGGUGGGGAAGGCGAUGAUCCCUUUCCCACUGGGAAGAGACCCUUCGUCACUCCCAAAAAUAAAUCCAAACUGCGACGACAUCGACAUGGAUCGCCGCCCAAUAUCUCUGCGCUACCGAGUAACAGCAAUGCUCGGGCUGUCUAAUCUCGACAAAGCCGUCGAGUACUCUCACCACGCUGUCUCUGAAAAGUAUCGUUUCAAAAGAGACACUGUCUUCAUCUGCAAUUCAGUAAUUGGAGCCAUGUGCGACGCAAAACGUUACGAGGAAGCCAUCUCUCUGUUCAACUACUUUUUCAACGAGUCUCAAACACUCCCGAACAUGCUCUCUUGCAAUCUCAUCAUCAAAGCUCACUGCGACCAAGGCUGUCUCGACGACGCUCUUGAUCUUUUCAGUCACAUAGUCAUAGACGGACGUUUGUCUCCAGGGGUGGAUACAUACGUGAUACUCACGAAAGCCUUGGUUGAUGCUAAAAGACUCGACGAAGCUUGCGUUUUAGUGGCGUCCAUGGGGCGUUGUUAUUUCAUGGUCUACGACGUACUCAUUCGAGGGUUGUUGGAUGCAGGGAGAUACGUAAAGGCUAGCCAAAUAAUCGAGGAACUGAAGAGUAAACUCCCAUGGAGAGUAUAUCACAUGGCAAUGGCACUCUAUAAGGUAUCGUUGAUGGAGUAUUGGUUCAAGCAAGGCAAAGAUGAGGAAGCUAUGGAGAUAUACAAGGUUUUGGACAUGUCUGAACAGAUGAACGAUAUUGUCGGAAAUAGGGUUUUGCGAGUUUUGGUCGAGCACGGUAAGAAAACAGAAGCUUGGGAACUGUUCGAUGAGAUUAUAGGAUUCUGCUAUCCCGACACGAUUGGUAUAGUGAUGAAGUCUUUUAGUGAUGAAAAGACUAUACCGUUGUCGUGGGCUAGUGAGACGUGUUAUAGGACGAUCAUCGCGUGUCUAUGCGAACAAGGAAAGAUGUCGGAGGCAGAGGAGUUCUUUGCAAAGAUGUUUUCAAACUGUGAGGAAGAGGAAUUGAUGGUGGGACCUGACGUUUCAACAUUCAGAGCAAUGGUCAAUGGGUACGUUAUGGUUGGGAGAGUGGAUGAUGCUUUCAAGAUGUUGAACAAGAUGAAGAUUUCAAAUUUAAGAAAGCUUGCUAUUCAUCGAGCCACAUAA